AUGAAACAUUACAACCAGUGUAAUAAAGUCAGACUGAGGAAAAGAAGCUCAUCACUGACAAAUACAAAAUCUUUUGCCGGUCAUAAUAAGUUGAGUAGUGCUCCCGUUCGGAAAUUGUCUACAAGCAGUACUGAUAGCUGUGAUUCCGAUGGUCAUUUGUGCACAGAAGAACUUUGUGUAAUGGACAGCAAGAAAAGGCUUGAGUCAAAUAUUGGAUUAUCACAAGCACAGAAACCUGUGCCGAAAGAUGUGCUCCGUCGUACAAGUUCGUCUCACGUACUCCGUAAUGAGAGUAUGUCUAAUCAGGUGGACGGCCAGCAUAACUCUGGCACAGAUCAGACUCUAGGAAAACACUGUAAAUCUUGUGGAGGAGAAAUGCUAAAAAUAGCUUCACCUGAGUUGCCAGUUAGCAGCUAUCCGUUUAGAAGCUGGAGAAGGAUGCUGACCAGUUGUGUGCCAUGUUGGCUGUCGGAGCCAGAGUUUAUGGUGCAUCCCAAGCCAAGAGACAAAAUACACAAUCAUGCAGACUCUCUGUUCAGCACUUCAAGUGGGUUUACUAACUACCAUGGCAUCUUGAACCUCUGCUUCAUCCUCCUAGUGCUGGGAAAUGCAAGACUGUUCCUGGAAAACAUUAUCAAGUAUGGCAUUUUGAUAAACCUAUCAUUUACAAAGUGGUUUUUCCAUGAACCGUACAACUGGCCAAAUCUGCUGUUGACUUUAUCCAUAGCUGUGUAUCCAGCCAUUGCUUUGGCCACAGAGAAAGCACUAGCUAAGAAUGUGAUCGGUAACAGGACUGGGCUGCUCAUUUACAUCCUGAACUUGUCAGUGCUUCUUUUCCUGCCAGCUGUUGUCAUUUAUGUCUUUCAUCCUAUCAUAGUGUUUUCCCUGAUAACAUUGGGCACAGUGACCACCUGUUUCCUCAAGCUGAUCUCCUAUGCUCACGUCAACUACUGGUGUCGGGAACUCUAUGCAACAGACAGGUUGAAAAGGAGAGCCUCCUGUGGGAGCAUGAUGAAUGGUAACCAGGACACUGAUGGUAGUUGCAUGAGCAGCAAGCAGACAUACCCAGAUAACCUGAAUAUCAGGGAUCUGACAUAUUUCAUGUGUGCUCCCACUCUGUGUUACGAGCUCAACUUCCCUCGAUCUGCUCGCAUUAGAAAGCGUUUCCUUGCAAAACGUCUUUUGGAGAUGGUGUUUCUGUGUUGGCUUCUGGUGGCUCUCACUCAGCAGUGGAUUGUGCCAGCGGUGAACAAUGCCAGACAACCACUGGCAGAGAUGGAAGCUUUCAAGAUGUUGGAACGUCUUCUUAAGUUGUCUAUUCCUAACCACUUGAUGUGGCUGGUGUUUUUUUAUUGGUUCUUUCACUCAAGUUUAAAUGUGAUAGCUGAACUCUUGCGUUUUGCUGACAGAGAGUUCUACAAGGAUUGGUGGAAUGCGGAGACAGUGUCUGAGUUUUGGCAGAACUGGAAUGUUCCAGUACAUCGUUUUGCCACGAGACAUGUCUACAAGCCACUACUGAGACGAGGAGUGCCCAAACUGGCAGCUGCUACUGUAGUUUUCUUGUUUUCUGCUUUCUUUCAUGAGGUCAGCCAUAUUUGUGUUUU